AUGCCUUUUUGGGCGAUCCUUGUUCUUGUUGUCGUUGCUGCGACUGGGUCGGACGCGACCAAGCCGAAGCCAAUCAGCAUUUCGCUGCGCGCCAAGUGGGAGGGAACACCACUCCUUCUAGAGGCAGGCGAAUUCUUAGCGCGCGAGGACGCGGCUCUCUACUGGAAGUUCCUCGCCGCCUGGCCGCACGCGUCGCCCGAUGCCAACUCCUCCGCGCGCCCCGCUUCCGCCGCGCCGUCCCCGUCCGACGGCGACUGCCUGGACGCGCUGCUGCGCGUCGCCUCGUCGUUCCUCGCGCCCCCCCUAGCGCCGCUGCUGCGCCUGGCGCUCGCCAUGCGCUCGCUCUCGCCCGCGCUGCUCCUGCACCGCCAGCUCGCGCGCCUCUCGCUCUCGCAGGCGGGGCUGCUGGGCCCCCACGGCGCGCAGGAGGGAACUGCGGAAGGGGAGCAGGCGGGGUGGGGCGCAGGGGGGGGCGAUGGGGGCGAGAGGUGGCGGGUGAGUGAGAACCCAGCGGCGCCCAAGGGUCACUGCUGCUGGGUGGAGCUGCAGGGGAAGGUGCUGCUGGGGGAGGCGGAAGUGGCGGCGGCACUGGCACCAGUGCAGGCGGAGGAAAGCAUCCUCAUCAGUGUGACCCCGCCUCGCAUCACCUCCCUCAAUCGCGCCCUCCCCUCCCGCUCUUGCUGCACCGCACUGCCCUCCCCUCAUCGUGGUGCCAGCGCCCCAUCGGCCGCGCCAGCAGCGGAGCACGGGGCGGCGGUGCACGCCUUCGACCACGUGUACCCCUCCGCCUCUGCCGCCGCAGCCUCGCACCACGCGCCCCCCCCCGCCUUCCUCUAUGCCAGCCCCGGCUCUGCCUGCUUCGCCGCCCUGCUGCCCCUCCUCUCCGCUGCUGCACACCAGGGCGCCAUCCGCCUGGUGCUGCGGCCGGUGCUGCCAGCGGGCUGUGAGCAGCACGUGGAGCGGUGUGCGGCGGUGGGGGCGGGCGGGCGGGUGAGUCUGGGCGGGUACGGAGUGGAGCUGGCGCUGAAGAACAUGGAGUACAAGGCGCUUGAUGACAGCAAGCUCCACAAAGACGGUGCAGGGCAGGCAGCAGCAGAGGGGUUGGCUGAUGACUUGGCGCAGCCAGUGAAGGGCUUUCUCUUCCACACCCUUGUGCAACGGUACCCUGAGCAGACGGGCGAGCUGCUGACGUUUCGCGACCAGCUGCUGGCAGCAGAGGAGAUCCGCGACGAGUACAACGUGUGGGAGCUCAAAGACCUGGGCAUUCAGGCCACUCAGCGCAUUGUGGGGGGAGCAGAGCCUCUGCGGCUGAUGCAGGACAUCAACCAGAACUUCCCCAAAAUCAUGGCCUCCCUCGCCAAGACCAAGGCACGCGCUGCUCGCUCACCAUUCCCUCCUUGUGCCGAUGACAAAGGUCUCCAAUACAUUGUGGACAGCACGGUGGAGGAGGCGGUGCAGGAGAUGCACGGCAUGGUGCAGGCAGGGCGCACCAUCGUGGCACUCAACAGCAUCGCAUUCAACCUCGCCACCCUCGACAUCUUCACUCUGUUGGAAGCCGUGCAGGCCGAGCUGUCGCUUGGAGCACAGCUGCUCUCUCUCAAGGUGAGCCGUCCUUUUUCUCACUGCUUGCUGUGUCAGCUGUAUGCAGCUGCACUGGCCAUUUCUCGCUGGCCUCGCCCUGCCUCCCCCCCACCAUCUACGAGUCUUCUCCCCAGGUUUCUACUCUCGCCUACCAUCACCCCCCCCGUCUCUCUUGCCAUCCCUAUUUCCUCAUGCCCUGUCUCCCCGUGCACCCCCCUCGCCACCCACCAGCUGCCAGCGCCAGUGGUGCGGCAGCUGCUGCAUCUGCCACCGGCAUCGGCGGCGCGGGAGGAGGGGGGAUCGCCGCGGCUGGACUUCCGGUCGCCGUGGCACGUGCACUUCUUCAAUGACCUUGAGCGAGACCGCGAGUACCGCGGCUGGUCGCCCAACAUGCAUGAGCUGCUGAUGCCCAUGUACCCAGGCCAGUUCCGUCCCAUCCGCAAGAACAUAUUCCAUGCUGUCUUCGUGCUCGACCCCAUGCACCCUUCCACACCAAAGGCAGUGGCGCACAUCCACAAGCUGCAUCAGGGCAGCAUGCCCCUCCGCAUGGGGGUCAUCCUCGCCUCCUCCGCGCGCCUCCUCACCCUCAACGACCCCUCCGCCCCUCCGCCCCACCAUGACCUCUCCGAACUGGCCAUGGCGCUCUUCCUGCACAUCAAGGACUCUGUCGGCGUCCGCCCCGCCUUCGACUUCCUUCUCUCGAUGUGGGGAGGCAGUGGAGCGGACGAAUCGGUGGACGACUACGAGGACGCCAUGGUCACGUUGCCGCUCCCGCAGUACACACCGCCCGACCAGCCCACCAUGGAGGCCGCCUUCCUCCACACGCUCAGUGCGGCAGCAGCCGUGUCACAGGGGGGAUCGCUGGGCAGCGACGACGCCAGGAGGGCUGCGCUGGCAUCAGUGCUGGCAGCAAGACAGCGGGUGGAGGGGGGGGAUGCUGACAGUGAGGAGGGCGGAGGGGAGCAGGGGGGAGCAGGAGGGGGAGGGGCGGCGGCAGCAGUGUGGGCGCAGGUGGUGGGCAGCUCUCGCUUUGUGUCGGGGCUUGGCCUUGCAGACGCCAUGCCAUGCCUGCUCUUCAACGGCGUCUUCUACCCCUCGCCCAAGGUGCCAGGGGGCGCACUGGAGGCGAUGCAGGAGGAGAUGGAGGCGGUGCAGCGGGCUGUGUACUACCAGCAGAUCAGAGGCUCCUCUGACGUCCUCGCCUUCUUCCUCGCCUCCGCUGCCAAGCGCUUCAACCCCGAGGUGGCCCUGCCAGCUGGCAAGACAGCGCCCUACGUGUCCCUGGCGCCUCCCAUGGCUGCUGACAACCCCGCGCUCACGCGCCUCUCCUUCCUGCACUCGCCCGGCACGGAGGACGAGGUGAAGCCCUUCUCUCACCUGCUCGCGCUGGACCUCUCAUCGCACCAAGGGGUGGACCUACUGCUGCAAGCCGUGCUGCACCUGGAGAGCGAGGAGGGCACACAUGCCCGAGUGGCCGUUCUGCACAACCCCCUGCAUGCCCCCGCCACCGCCGAUGCCCGCCUGCCACCUCUCGCAUGGCGCCACCUCGUGCCGCGCCUCAUCAUGGCGGCCGUGCAGAUGCCCAGUCGCCGCAGCAAGCUCCCAGCCUUCCUGCGCAGCCUGCUGCAGCUGCCACUGCUCAGGACCGUGGUCUCGCGGACACACUCAGGCACCGAGGAGGAGGGGUGGGCCGGCAGGGGGGAGGUGAGGAGCGAGAAGGAAGGUCUGGAGCUGCUGGCGUCAGCAUGGAGCAUUGCUGACGAGGCAGGGCUGAACAGGGCCGAGUUGGAGCGUGCUGUGACGGGCGCUGGCGCUGCAGAGGCUGCUGCUGCGCACAUGGCCCAGCUGUUGGCACCGCAGCACCGCUUUGUGGCGGCGGACUUUGCGCUGCUGGAGGAGGUGGAGUCAAAGCGAGUCAAGCCAGCGCUCUCCGUGCUGCAGGACCUGCCCUCCUGGCCGCACCUCCCGCCCGACCUCCCUCUCAGUGACCACGUGUCGGGCAUGGCGAUGGUGGUGGCAUCAGCGCUGUCAUCAGCAGAGAGGGCCAGCGGUGACUACGUGCAGUUCGCCCGCCUCACUGCCAGCCCCAGGUGCUCCUCUCCUCGCCCGCCUCACUGCCAGCCCCAGGUGCUCCUCUCCUCGCCCGCCUCACUGCCAGCCCCAGGUGCUCCUCUCCUCGCCCGCCUCACUGCCAGCCCCAGGUGCUCCUCUCCUCGCCCGCCUCACUGCCAGCCCCAGGUGCUCCUCUCCUCGCCCGCCUCACUGCCAGCCCCAGGUGCUCCUCUCCUCGCCCGCCUCACUGCCAGCCCCAGGUGCUCCUCUCCUCGCCCGCCUCACUGCCAGCCCCAGGUGCUCCUCUCCUCGCCCGCCUCACUGCCAGCCCCAGGUGCUCCUCUCCUCGCCCGCCUCACUGCCAGCCCCAGGUGCUCCUCUCCUCGCCCGCCUCACUGCCAGCCCCAGGUGCUCCUCUCCUCGCCCGCCUCACUGCCAGCCCCAGCCUCUAAGCCUCUUUCUCUCCUUCCGUACCUCGCUCCUCCCGCCCCUUUCCCGUGUUUCCUUGCCAGCAUCGGCAUCAUCCACAGCAACGACUCGGCACUGCUGCACAUCGAUGGGGUGAUAGACCCGCUCAGUGCGGAGGCACAGCAGGUCACGCCGCUGCUGUUGCUGCUGCACGAGUGGUUCAACCCCUCCCUGCGCAUCUUCAUGAACCCCCUCGUGCGUGCCCCACCUGCUUGCCCUCUGCUCCACCUGCUUCUCUCUUCUUCCUGCCUUGUGCUGUGCUGCAUGCCAUGCAUUUUCUCUGAUGCCAUAUCAGUUUUGUCACCCCCAUCCCCUCUCCGACCCUCACACUCCGUGCAUGACCGCCAGACGUCCAUCUCUGAGUUCCCUCUCAAGAACUUCUACCGAUACGCCGCUCCCCACAAGGCACGCUCCCUCGCCCCUUCUUCUUCUGCCCUCCGCCCCGUUCCAUUUCUUGAAGUGCCAUCAUCUGCUCGUGUGCUCUCGGAGCUGGCAGAUGCAUCGGGGGUGCUGGCAGCGGGGGCGGAGGUGGAGUUUCUGAACAUGCCUCUCACGCGCACGCUCACUCUCAACCUCAAAGUGCCCGAGCCCUGGCUCGUCGAGCCGGCUGUAGCGGACCAUGAUUUGGACAAUCUGGUGUUGGAGAAGGUGGCGGACCCCAGCGUUGCCGCUGUCUUUGAGCUCGAGGCGCUCAUGAUCACUGGUGGGUCCGUGCUCAUGGGUGGUGCGAGAUGCUCAUGGGGUGGCUGUGGAGGGAUUUGUGGACACACUCAUGCACGCAGAUGCCUUGGCGCAGACGGUAGAAAAUGUGGCCCAACUACUCUCUGCUCAUACCUGUUUGCCCCCACAACUCUCCCUCCCUCCCUCCACCACGCCACAACCCCCUCUCUACCACCAGGCCACUGCUACGAGGACUCGGACAUGCAGGAGCCGCCGCGGGGCAUGCAGCUCGUGCUCGGCACGCCCCCGCCCGUCCCCUCCGCCCUCCUCAACCACUCCUCCGCCCCCGCCACCGCCGCCGCCACCAGCAGCAACGGGGCAGCGGGGCGGCCACAGGGCCUGGUGGUGUCAACGGCCCUGGAGGACACGAUAGUGAUGGCGAAUCUGGGCUACUUCCAGCUCAAGGCCGCGCCCGGCCUCUGGCUCCUGCAGCUCGCCCCCGGCCGCUCCCAGACCCUCUACCAACUCGCAGGGGAGGGGGCGCUGGGGGGCAGUGGUGGCGGUGGUGCAGAGGCAGGGAGGGGCGGAGAGAAGGAGGGGGAUGAGGGGAUGGGGGCGGUGGGGCGGGUGGCGAUGGAGGUGGCGGUGAUGGACCUGCGCGGCAAGGUGGUGCAGCUGAGAGUGGUGAAGCGGGCGGGCAUGGAGGGCGAGAAGAUGCUGGAUGGCGCCGGGGGGGAGGAUGGGGACGACGAGCAGCAGGCGGAGCCGGCGGCAGCGGCAUCUCUCUUUGGCUCUUUCUUCCAGAAGCUCACCGGCAAGGUGGGGAUGAGACCAGGUCAGAAGCCGGCUGCGAAGGGCGAGGGGGCAGCUGCCAACAGCACAAUCAACAUCUUCUCCAUCGCCAGCGGCCACCUGUACGAGCGGUUCACGCGCAUCAUGAUUCUCUCUGUGCUCAAGAACACGCGUCGCCCGGUCAAGUUUUGGUUCAUCAAGAACUACCUCUCGCCCUCCUUCAAGGAGGUGAUACCGCACAUGGCGCGCGAGUACGGGUUUGAGUACGGGCUGAUCACGUACAAGUGGCCGUCAUGGCUGCACAAGCAGACGGAGAAGCAGCGCCUCAUCUGGGCCUACAAGAUCCUCUUCCUCGAUGUCAUCUUCCCCCUCUCCCUGCAAAAGGUGAUAUUCGUGGACGCGGAUCAGGUGGUGAGGGAGGACAUGGGGCGGCUGUACGACAUGCCGCUGCACGGCCACCCCCUCGCGUACACGCCCAUGUGCGACAACAACCGCGACAUGGAGGGCUACCGCUUCUGGAAGCAGGGCUUCUGGAGGGAUCAUUUGAGAGGAAAGCCGUACCACAUUAGCGCCCUGUAUGUGGUGGAUCUGGUGCGCUUCCGGCGCAUGGCAGCGGGCGACACGCUGAGAGUGAUCUACGAGAGCCUCAGCAAGGACCCCAACUCCCUCGCCAACCUCGACCAGGUGCCACCUCCCCCACCUCUCACCCACACCAGGUGCUGCUUCCCCCACCUCUCACCUGCACCAGGUACUGCCUCCCCCACCUCUCAUCUGCACCAGGACCUACCGAACUACGCGCAGCACACGGUGCCGAUCCUGUCGCUGCCACAGGAGUGGCUGUGGUGUGAGUCGUGGUGUGGCAACGCCACCAAGGCCCGUGCCAAGACCAUCGACCUCUGCAACAACCCCAUGACCAAGGAACCCAAGCUGCAGGGGGCGAGGCGCAUAGUGGCGGAGUGGGGGGCGCUGGACGAGGAGCAGCGGCACUUCACAGAGAGAGUCACCCGAGGGGAGUUCGACGACCUCCCACCCUCCGCGCCUCGUGGCACGCUGCGAUUCACCGGCUUCCAUUCAGCCCCUCGACCAGAGGAGGGGCCGGUGAGGGAGGCUAUGACAGAAGAGGAGGAGGGGGGAGUGGAUGAUAUGGAUGGAGUGAGUGAGGGAGAACAGGAGAGAGAGGAGGGAGAGGAGGGUGGAGAGGAGGGAGGGGAGGGAGGGGAGGAGGCGGGGGAUUGGGCGGGGUACGAGGUGGACACAGCAUAUGAGGACUUGGAGGGGCUGGAGGAGAUUGCGGUGGAGGCUGUUGAUGGCGUGGAGGAGGGCGAGGAGGGCGGGGAGGAGGAGGAUGAGGAGGAGCUAGGGCAUGAGGAGUUGUGA